AUGAGGUCUGGAAUAUUCUGGUGUCUUGUCUUGUUCGUGUCAAGUUAUUUCUUACCAAUAUUUCAUGGGGUAACUUUUUGUUUUAUAUUUAUAGUAAUGUUAUUGUUUGUAAACAAACAAUAUUAA